UCAGCUGGUCUAACGAUUCACAUUCCUCGAACAGAACGCGCCGCGGUUGUCCUCUAUGUCUCCGCGGAGAGGAAGUGCGUACAUUAUUCAUGAAUUAAUAUGUGGGCCAUAGUUCGUAUUGAUUGGAAUGUGAAAGUUCGUGCGCAUGGCUUCUCGAGUCAAGUCAAUUCAUGCCAUCUCCUUCAAGCGGGUGUUCAGGCCAGGUGUCGUAUGAAACUAAUUCAGGACCCCCACACCCUCCUUCUUUGUGCGUGUGCGCGCGCGUGAAAAAAAGCAGCAGUCUGUGCGCCCUCCCUCCGACCACGCAGAACAAACGCUAUAUUCAUCCGCUCCGGCCCGCAGUCGCUGGAACUCCCCGCAGGAGCUGCCGGGUACUUUUCCCCUGGCGUGCGAGCUGCACAACACGAUGCCACUCGUGCCACGGAGCGACACCCGGCGAGGCGCCCGCUCCGCGAACGCGACAAUGUGGGGGACACGCGCUCUUUUUUGCGCAUGGACUCUACUGUUCUUGGCAGACGUCCGCGCGCAGACUCAGCGGAGACCGACCUUCACGUGCGGCGGAAACGUCACAGGGGAGUCGGGAGUAAUCGGGAGCCAGGGGUACCCAGGAGUUUACCCCCCAAAUACCAAAUGUGUGUGGCGAAUCACAGUCCCUGAGGGCAAGGUGGUGGUCCUGUCAUUCCGCUUCAUUGACUUGGAGAGUGACAACCUGUGCCGCUACGACUAUGUGGACGUUUACAGCGGGCAUGCCAACGGGCAGAGACUCGGCCGCUUCUGUGGGACGUUCAAGCCCGGAGCCCUGGUUUCUACGGGCAACAAGAUGCUCCUGCAGAUGGUGUCUGAUGCCAACACGGCCGGGAGUGGCUUCCUGUCCGUUUUCUCUGCUGCCCAUCCCCAUGAGAGAGGGGACCAGUACUGUGGAGGCAGAUUGGACAAGCCCUCUGGGACUUUCAAAACGCCCAACUGGCCUGAGAAGGACUACCCAGCGGGUGUCACCUGUGCCUGGCACAUCGUGGCCCCAAAGAACCAGAUUAUUGAAGUAAAGUUCGAGAAGUUUGACGUGGAAAGAGACAACUACUGCCGCUAUGACCACGUCUCCAUUUUCAACGGGGCGGAAAUCAAUGAUGCUAAGAGGAUUGGCAAAUACUGCGGAGACAGCCCCCCAGCACCAGUGUUCUCUGAGGGGAACCAACUCCUGAUCCAGUUCCUGUCGGACCUCAGUCUAACAGCAGACGGCUUCAUUGGACACUACAAGUUCCGACCGAAAAAGUUCCCCACCACAACGAUACCUCCCACCACUACAACACAGCCAGUCACCACCAGGCCCAUACCUCUGAAGUACUCCGUCGCCCUGUGCCAGCAGAAAUGCAAAAGACGAGGAACACUUGAGAGUAAUUACUGCUCCAGCCAUUUUGUAAUAACCGGCACUGUCAUUACGGCGGUGAUGAGAGAAGGAAGUAUGUACGCCACUGUCUCUAUCAUCAAUGUGUAUAAAGAAGGCAGUCUGGCCAUCCAGCAGGCGGGAAAAACCAUGAGCACCAAGAUCGUCAUCUUGUGCAAGAAGUGUCCAUUUAUCAGAAGAGGCUUGAACUACAUCUUCAUGGGCCAGGUGGACGAGGAGGGCCGGGGGAAAAUUGCCCCUCACCACUUCGUGAUGGUGUUCAAAACAAAGAACCAGAAAGGUCUCAACGUUCUGAAAUACAAGCGGUGCUGAGCUCCAGUAGCUGUGAGGAGCUCCACCAGACUGGUGUGCCUGAGGCUCAGCUGUGGAUGGAAACAAUUAAGCAACCAACAAUCUCCAUCUCGACAACACAAACUAACCAGAAUCUGAACGCAGAGUUGCCCGCAUCAAACUCAAAUCUACAUUUUCAUUCAGUUAAGAAUUUACUAGAAGACAUUCAAAAUGUCCACUCUGUCUUCCAUUAAAAUAACAGUCAGUAAAUGUCUUUCACAACUUCAGAUUAAUUAGCUUUGAAAUGAAUUGGAAUUUCCAUCUUUAUUCUCAGACCAUUCCUACUCUGUGUGCUCACAUUCCUGUCAUGCCCCUAGCAGGGACUUACACUGCAGCCAGUAUCAGGAGCCCAGAACAGAGUGUAUAUCAACUCGCACAUGUAUUCAUCAGAUUGUUUAAAGGAGACACAUUAUGCUUUUUCAGUUUUUCCCCUUUCCUGUACUGUGUUAUAUAAGUUUUUGUUGUGUAUGUAAAAGGUCUCCAAAGUUACAAAGUCUGUGGUAAAGUGUUUCAGAGAGAGUCUGGAAAGAAAUUAUGAAACCUGAAUAUGAGCAUAAUAUGUUUCCUUUAAAAAUGUCUUAAUAUCUUUUCUGACAUCCUAUGAUGGCUCUUUUGCCAUUCAAUUUAAUUUUCCUUUGAGGAUGUCGAGUGUAAUGUCAAUUAAGUGUUUAUUAAACAAGGAUAUCUGUCAGGAUUAAAUAUCUCAAGCCUGACUGGUAUUCAACAGGGAUUUGUUACAGCUGAUUGUUGUAGGUGUUUUGGUGGGCGGGGUUUGGAAGUUUAAAUGUGGUGAUUAAAGUGCAAUAUUUAAUAUAGACAUACAUCUUUUAAAAAAUAUUUUUAUGCUGGUUUUAUGUGAAACAAGGACCUUCCUAGCUAAUGAGCACACAUCAUUUAUUCACUAUGAAAAACGUCUGUGAAUAUUAUUUAUAUUAUAUUGUUCUCAUCUGCCCAAAUAAAAUACCUGUAACGUUU